AUGUUCUUCUUGUUCGUUCCGACUUUCGUGGCUCGGCUGUCUUGGAUCGGCAUGAAGACCACCGACACAGCCCUGCUCGGCCACUCAGGGACUUUGUACUUGACUGCAUCCUCUUUGUCGGAUUUCUGGACGUCGAUGAGCGGUGUAUUCGUGAACGACGCUCUCUUGGGCUCGCUGUGCGGCCAGGCCUAUGGAGCUCGGAACUAUGACCUCGUGGGGAUCUGGCUCCAAGUCUCUCUGACCCUGUUUUCCUGGGUCUUGAUCCCCGUGGUCGCUUUGUGGUGCAUGACGACCCCGGUUCUGAAGCACGGCUUUCACGCCGACACGGAUGUGGCGAAUGCAGCGGGCUACUACGCCAUGGUGAUGGCGUGUUGUCUUCCCGCAACGAUGCUAUCUUCGAGGCUAACAACCUUCUUCAAUUCCCAGAAGAUCACGGGUCCAAGCUCCAAGACGACGCCCGUCGCCUUGUUUCUUAACCUGGUCUUGGGCUUACAGUUCGUCCUUGGCAUCCCAGCCGCCGGUAUCCAAUUUGGCUUCUGGGCCUGUCCGGUGGUGACAACGACGGUCGAGUGGUUUGUGACCGUGAUGCUGCUCGUAGUGUACUGUGGGUUCCUGAAGUAUCAUGAGAAGUGCUACGGGCCGAAGCUGCGCGAGUGGAACUAUCUUCGAGAUGUCUUCGUGGCACCCCUCCUGACGGAUGGCACUGGCAGCCGUUUCCCGUACUACGAUGAGAACAUCCACCCGAGGCUCGGGAACUUUGUCCGCCUGGUGGUUCCAGCGACGCUGGCCUUGGCUUCCGACUUUUGGCGGAUGUCGGCCAUUGGACUCUUGGCGGGCACUCUCGGCGAUGCCGAGGCCGCUGCGGCCAAGGGUGUAGGCGUUUUCAAUGCCAGCUACCGCCUGGCCUGGAUGAACUUGACGAUUAUCGGCGCCUUCAGCAGCGCGUGUGUGACACAGCUGGGCAUCGCUCUCGGAACCGGCGACGGCCGCCUUUCCGCGAAAAUCAGGGACCUGGGCAUCGGCAGUGUUGCAGCUUUUCUCCUGGCGACGACUGUUGCCACGCUGGUUUAUGUGAGGCAGUUGGCAUCCAUCUUCAGCAAUGACCCAGUGGUGAUCAAUUUGUUCGAGGACUGUCGCAUGGAGAUGGGUCUUAUGAUAUUCUUCAUGUGCUCCUUGAUUGCAGAAGGACUGGUACGUUUGCUGGAGAGUCGAGUGGAGAUUCGAGUUCCUGUGAAGUUUUGCUGUGAAGCGUUCCCUGCUGCGUGCACUCGCAGAACCAAGGGCUAG